AUGCACCGCCUCCAUCAGCAUGAUGAACGGUCUCUACAGCAGCGUACGUUCCCCCCCCGUCCCGUCUCGUCCCGUCCCGUGUACAGCUGGUAUGCCGUGGGCUACGACAGAGACAUCGUCGAGGGCCCAAAGCCCUUCGCUGUGUCCAUCUUCGACGAGCCCCUGAUGCUGUACCGAGACACCAGCGGCGCGCUGCAGUGCGUGAGCGACUUCUGCCCUCACCGCGCGGCCAAGCUUUCCGAAGGGCAGAUUACGGAGGACGGCAACAUCGAGUGUCUUUACCAUGGCUGGCAGUUUGAAGGCUCCAAGGGCGCUUGCGUCAAAGUCCCGCAGCUUCCGGAAGGGGCAACCCCGCCUCGGGCGGCCACCCUCCGCGUGUACCCGCUGGCGGUGAACGAGGGAGUUGUAUACGUCUGGAUGGGAGAGAACCCUUGGGGGGAAGGGGCGAAGGACAUUCUUCCCAUUCCGUCCACCCCGGACAACUUGGACGAGAACAAGCCGACCUUCACGUACGAGUUCGUGUGCGACUUGCCGUACGACUGGAGCUACCUCACCGAAAACCUGGUCCGGUGAGAACCCGGCGUGCUCCGUCCCGGCUUUGUAGGGAUGCGAGGUCAAUGGU